UAGUAAUUUUUGUAAAAAAUAAGGACAGUGCAUUAUUUUUUAAUUUACAUUCUAUAUGUAGUAAAAUUCAAGCACUUUUGUGAUCACCGUGAAUAACGUAAACAUUAAAAUUUGACGAAGCAAAAUACCUCUUGCGUCUUUCAAUCAUUUGACGGACGAGAAACAUUUGGAGGAAAGAAUUCUAUAGCGAUUCAUUUCAUUAAAAAAAGAUAUAUUCUCGUUUUCAAGAGAGAGGAAAAAAAUUUUCAUCUAAAGAAAAUUUUGUUGCAAAAUGUGUGAAAUGAUGAAGAAAAUGAUUAAAACAAAAGAAUUACGUGAAAGAUGUAGCGAUUGGGUCGAUUCACAAGUUAUGUUGAUUACAUCGGAAGAAGAUCCUUUAUCGAUUUUAAAUUUAGACGAAACUGAAGAUACUGUCUCAAAUUCUGAAUUUGAUUCUGUUUCACAAUGUGGAGCAAAAAGACGUAGAUUGGGAAAAAAAUUAAAAGACGAACAAUUAGAUAUAUUGUGUGAAUGGAAAAAUUGUUCAUUUAAUUCGUCAUCGCCGAAAAGUUUUCUCGAUCAUAUGAGUGGACAUAUUCCUGAAUUGGAAAUAAAAAUGUUGGAUAACGGCACGGGAACAUAUAUAUGUGGCUGGAAAAAUUGUCCUUAUGAAACACCAUUGACAACGGAAAUAACAUGGCACGUUUAUUAUCAUUCAUAUCAUGGAAAAUUAAAAUCAAUUGGCAAUAAUUUUAAGCAGAGAAAUAAAUUGCCGCAAUGUAUUCGUGAAACUGACUGGUCAAAUAUGGAAUUACCACCGACAUUAAUUUGCCAAUGGAAUAAUUGCCUCGAGACUUUUAAUAAAUAUCAAACAUUUCUAGAUCACGUUACAAUUCAUAUAGAAAAAUAUCCCCGUGGUAACAAUGUGGAUGGUGGCAUUCAAUGUAAAUGGUCUGGUUGUAAAAAUGUAUUUCCAAGUAUUCACAAAUUAAAAGAUCACAUAAGAAGUCACACAAAAGAGAAAACAAUCGCAUGUCCCGAUUGUGGUUUAAUGCUUUCAACAAACUCAAAAUUUCGUGAACAUUGUGAUCGACAAAUUUCAGUUGAAACGCAAGGAUUUUUGUGUUCAGUUUGCAAUAAAUUUUAUCCAACUGCAAAAAUUCUAAACGAACACGAGAGGCAACAUAUUUAUUCGAUUAAAUGUAAUUUAUGUGAUAUGAUUUGUAAAUCGUCGGCUACACUAGCUAAACAUAUUCGUUAUAGGCAUUUGGAAGAAAGAGCGUUCGCUUGUCAAUUAUGCAAACACAGUGCAAAAACGCAACAAGACUUGGAUUAUCAUAUGUCAGUGCAUACAAAGGGACCAAUGUUUCAUUGUCAAGCAGAAGGCUGUAUGUAUCAAUGUAAAAAUGCAUACGUACUUGAUAGGCAUAUGGAAAAAACACAUUGCCAAGAUAUAAGAUGGUAUUGUUGUCAUGAAUGUCCUGUAAAAUAUCAAAAAAGUUAUCGUCUCACGAAACAUUUAAUGGAUGUACAUCAUAUCUCGUUGAAUAUUGGACACAAGCGUUUUCAAUAUCAAAGAUGUGACGACGGAUGUUAUCGUGUGCAAACGGCGAGAUUUGAAUUUUACGAAGAAAACGAAACCAAUUCCACAUCGGAUAAAGUGAUGAAACCAAAUAUUAACAUUACAGAUAAGAAUUACACAUUAAAAAUCACACAAGCCUCGGAUAUUUGUGUUGAAGUGAUAGAAGCGCAAGAUAAUUUACGAGAAGAAGAUAUGGAAAUUGAGGGCGCAUUGGAAAUUGACGAAGGAGAUGUUUCUCCUGAAUUGGGAAAGUCAAUGCCAAUUAUUUCGAAUAUUCUUAUUUCAAUUGACGAAAUGGAUGCAGAUGGAAAUAUAAUUCGAAGUAAAUUAGUUGAGACACAAGAAACAAGCGUUCUACCACCAUCGGAAGAACCUCCAAUUAUAUUAACUUAAAUCUUUAAUAGUUAAUUUUGUUCUACACGAUAAGAUUAUUAUUAAUUAAUUUUUUUUAGUUAUUAUUUGACUCUCACUUAUUCUAACUUUGUUGUACAAAAUUUAUUCACUAUAGUUGUACAUUCUUAAAAUUUAGAUUUAUAUACUAGACAUAAUUAAAAUUAACAUGUUUAAAAAAUUGAUGAAAUACUCAAUUUAUGAUACUGAAAACUUUUUUUUUAUCUAUUUUUAGUGAUUAUUAUAAUUACCUACUUUGUAUAAUUAUUUAGAUUUUAAUUUUCAUUGACAAAAUUGCAGUAUUUGUAAAAUAUUUUUUUUUGAAAAUAGAAAUUAAAUUUAUUGUAAAUUGUAAAUUUAAUUAAAAAUCAGUUAAUUAAAUUAACGUAGUGAUACAAUUUACAAUUAUUAAUUUUUUUCAACUUUUUGGUUGAUUUAGAACGUAAAUUUUAUUUGUCAUUUUUUUCUCGUUCAAAAUCAUCAUUAUGAAAACAGAAAUUUUGUUAAGUAUCUCCAUCUUCAUAAUGUUUUUCAGAUUAUAAAUGGUUAGUUUAAAUAAAACUGUAAAUACGAAUAAAA